AUGGCUGCCGUCGCCAAUGGCUCCGCCGCCAACGGCGCCCUUCACCACGACGAGCACGAUGACCACCAUGCACACCACCGCGACUCGGUCCACCGCCGUUUGCGAGCCAAUUCCACCAUCAUGCACUUUCAGAAGAUCCUGGUCGCCAACCGUGGUGAAAUCCCCAUCCGUAUCUUCCGUACCGCCCACGAGCUGUCUCUGCAGACCGUGGCCAUCUUCUCCUACGAGGACCGUCUGUCCAUGCACCGUCAGAAGGCCGACGAGGCCUACCAGAUUGGCCACCGGGGCCAAUACACCCCGGUCGGUGCCUAUCUCGCCAUUGACGAGAUCAUCAAGAUUGCCCUGGAACACGACGUUCACCUGAUCCACCCUGGCUAUGGCUUUCUGUCCGAGAAUGCCGAAUUCGCCCGCAAGGUCGAGGAGGCCGGCAUGAUCUUCAUUGGUCCGACCCCGGAGACUAUCGAGAGCCUUGGCGACAAGGUUUCGGCUCGAGAACUAGCCCUUCGUGCUGACGUGCCCGUCGUUCCUGGCACUGACGGUCCCGUGGAACGCUACGAGGAGGUCAAGGCCUUCACCGACAAGUAUGGCUUCCCCGUCAUUAUCAAGGCCGCCUUCGGUGGUGGCGGUCGUGGUAUGCGUGUUGUGCGCAGUGAAGCCGAGCUGCGUGACUCACUUGAGCGUGCCACUUCCGAGGCCAAGUCGGCCUUCGGCAACGGCACCGUCUUUGUCGAGCGCUUCCUCGACAAGCCCAAGCACAUCGAGGUUCAGCUCCUGGGUGACAACCACGGCAACAUCAUCCACCUGUUCGAGCGUGACUGCUCCGUCCAGCGUCGUCACCAGAAGGUCGUCGAGAUUGCCCCUGCCAAGGAGCUGCCCUCUGACGUCCGCGACCGCAUCUUGGCCGAUGCCGUGAAGCUGGCCAAGACCGCCCGUUACCGCAACGCCGGUACCGCGGAGUUCCUGGUUGACCAGCAGAACCGCCACUACUUCAUUGAGAUCAACCCCCGUAUCCAGGUCGAGCAUACCAUCACCGAGGAGAUCACCGGCAUCGAUAUCGUUGCCGCGCAGAUUCAAAUCGCCGCUGGUGCCACGCUCGAGCAGCUGGGCCUGACUCAGGAGCGCAUCUCCGCCCGUGGCUUCGCCAUCCAGUGCCGUAUCACCACAGAAGACCCCGCCAAGGGCUUCUCCCCAGACACCGGCCGCAUUGAGGUCUACCGUUCCUCUGGUGGCAAUGGCGUGCGUCUGGACGGUGGUAAUGGCUUCGCGGGUGCUACCAUCACCCCUCACUAUGACUCCAUGUUGGUCAAGUGUACUUGCCGUGGUUCCACAUAUGAGAUCGCGCGCCGCAAGAUGCUGCGUGCCCUGGUCGAAUUCCGCAUCCGCGGUGUCAAGACAAACAUCCCUUUCCUGGCCUCGCUGCUGAGUCACCCGACUUUCAUCGACGGCAACUGCUGGACCACCUUCAUCGACGACACCCCCGAACUGUUCGCUCUCGUGGGCAGCCAGAAUCGUGCCCAGAAACUGCUGGCCUACCUUGGUGAUGUCGCUGUCAACGGAAGCAGCAUCAAGGGCCAAGUUGGCGAGCCCAAGUUCAAGGGCGAGAUCAUCCGUCCUACCUUGCUGGAUGACGCUGGCAAGCCCCUUGAUGUCUCCGAACCCUGCACCAAGGGCUGGAAGGAGAUCAUCGAUAAAGAAGGCCCCGAUGCCUUUGCAAAGGCCGUCCGUGCCUACAAGGGUUGCCUUAUCAUGGAUACCACCUGGCGUGAUGCCCACCAGUCCCUGCUGGCGACCCGUGUCCGUACGAUCGACAUGCUGAACAUCGCUCACGAGACCAGCCACGCCCUCUCCAACGCCUACAGUCUGGAAUGCUGGGGAGGUGCCACCUUCGAUGUGGCCAUGCGCUUCCUUUACGAGGACCCAUGGGACCGUCUGCGCAAGUUCCGCAAGGCUGUUCCCAACAUCCCCUUCCAGAUGCUGCUCCGUGGCGCCAACGGUGUCGCAUACUCUUCCCUCCCGGACAAUGCUAUCUACCACUUCUGCAAGCAGGCUAAGAAGUACGGAGUCGACAUCUUCCGUGUCUUCGACGCUCUAAACGAUAUCAAUCAGCUCGAGGUUGGAAUCAAGGCCGUCAAGGCUGCGGGCGGUGUUGUCGAGGCCACCGUCUGCUACAGCGGUGACAUGUUGAAUCCCAAGAAGAAGUACAACCUGCAGUACUACCUUGACCUGGUUGACAAGAUUGUCAAGCUCGGCACCCAUGUUCUGGGUAUCAAGGAUAUGGCCGGUGUUCUCAAGCCCCAGGCAGCCCGCAUUCUCAUCGGCUCCAUCCGCUCUCGGUACCCCGACCUGCCCAUCCACGUCCACACCCACGAUUCCGCGGGUACUGGGGUCGCGUCCAUGGUCGCUUGCGCUCAGGCUGGUGCCGACGCCGUUGAUGCGGCCACCGACAGCUUAUCCGGCAUGACUUCGCAGCCCAGCAUCGGCGCCAUCCUGGCCUCGCUGGAGGGCACCGAGCAUGAUCCUAAACUCAACCUCUCCCACGUGAGAGCCCUCGACAGCUACUGGGCCCAGUUGCGGUUGUUGUACUCGCCUUUCGAGGCCGGACUGACCGGCCCCGAUCCCGAGGUCUACGAGCAUGAGAUCCCCGGCGGUCAAUUGACCAACCUGAUCUUCCAGGCCAGCCAACUCGGUUUGGGUCAGCAGUGGGCUGAGACCAAGAAGGCGUACGAACUGGCCAACGAUCUGUUGGGUGACAUCGUCAAGGUCACCCCGACUUCCAAGGUCGUGGGUGACUUGGCUCAGUUCAUGGUCUCCAACAAACUCUCGCCUCAGGAUGUCAUUGACCGUGCGGGUGAACUCGAUUUCCCCGGCUCCGUUCUGGAGUUCCUUGAGGGUCUUAUGGGUCAGCCGUACGGUGGAUUCCCAGAGCCACUGCGCUCCAGGGCCCUGCGGAACCGCCGCAAGCUUGAUAAGCGUCCUGGUCUCUUCCUAGAGCCGCUCGACCUGGCCAAGAUCAAGAACGAUAUCCGCGAGAAGUGGGGUUCCGCCACCGAGUGCGAUGUUGCUAGCUACGCCAUGUACCCCAAGGUCUUUGAGGACUACAAGAAAUUCGUACAGAAAUACGGUGAUCUUUCCGUGUUGCCCACCCAGUACUUCCUCUCCAGGCCGGAGAUCGGCGAGGAAUUCCACGUGGAACUCGAGAAGGGUAAGGUACUGAUCCUGAAGUUACUGGCGAUCGGACCCCUCUCGGAACAGAAGGGCCAGCGUGAGGUGUUCUACGAGGUCAACGGUGAAGUGCGUCAGGUCACCAUUGACGACAAGAACGCUUCCGUUGAGAACACUACUCGCGCCAAGGCCGACCCGCAGGACAGCAGCCAAGUCGGAGCACCCAUGAGCGGUGUUGUGAUUGAGAUUCGCGUCCAUGAUGGACAUGAUGUCAAGAAGGGUGACCCAAUUGCUGUACUCAGCGCCAUGAAGAUGGAAAUGGUUAUCUCUGCUCCUCACAGUGGAAAGGUAUCCGGCAUGCUCGUCCGGGAAGGAGACUCGGUCGACGGCCAGGAUCUUAUCUGCAAGAUAUCCAAGGCUUAG